UGGUGGGGCUGGAUGUCGGGGAGCGCACCUGUAAAUACCCAUUUGGGGGAGGGCCCUGAUUGAACAGUCUCCCUCCUAAACUGGGCACAUCAGAGAAUAGCGAAAUGGCACAGAUACUAAAUAUUUUCCUUCGUUUCAUUGUGUGAAAGAAAAAAAAAGGACCCGUUUUCCGGAACAAAGUGACCUGUAAGAAUAAAGCAUUUAAAGACAUCAGCAUAAACCAAGACAAAGAAAAACAAAACGACGAUGGAGAUCUGAAUUAAACACAAAGUGAAGCUCAGCACCAUCUGUGGACAGACUGGUCUAGAAUUACAAAGCAGCCAGCUCUAUUCUCUGGUGAAAGGAGUUUGAAUCUUAGCAGGUCAUUUGCUGCAGUUGAAUGUCAUUUUUCCAAUGCAAAAGGAAGAAGCUAGUCCCAGCCGAUGAAACAAUUAUUGAGAAGCAGAACAACUGAGCAGGUUCACUCAUGUCCUUUAAGGAGGGUCAUUGCCAUCCUCACCUGAUCCGGUCGACAUGACACUCCAGCCCAGUCAACACUUCGGGAUGGCGUGAAGGAACAUUUUCCUUCUGACUUCGUACUAGAAGGAACAAAACGGUCUCCAGAAAUAGCUGUAAACCAGGAGAAUGUCAUACAUGUCCCAGAGGAAGUGCAGGAGAUAUUCAGACAUUUUAUUUCUUAUUGUACAUUUGAGACAAGUGGGUGUGACUGGCUGGGCCAGCAUUUUAUUGUCCGUCCCUACUUUACUCAGGGAAGUGCUGGUGAGCUGCCGCCUUGAACCCCUGCAGUUCAUCUGCUGUACGUUGCCCCACACUGCUGCGAGGGAAGGAACAGCACUGAAGGAACAGCGAUCUGUUUCCAAUUCAGAAUGUUGAACCCUUGACACUUCUUAUGAAUCCCUUCCAGGCUGUGUAAGUGUUCUACUUUAUGGUGCUACAUUGAGCAGAGCAAUACAGCUGUUUGUUCAGGACUAAGCAAUGUCAGUCCCUGUGGAUCCUAUUUGUGUCACUGGGACAGAGAGAGCGCCAUUGUUCUAUUUAUAGGGCAAUCCUUACAAUGGACUACACAAUAGUAUCUUGGACACCAACGAGGAUAAGUGAAUCCAGACUCAGACAAAAAAGAAGCUAAGAAUCAACGCUUUGAAAUCUUAUGGAAACCUAUGAGACUCCAAAAGCAGUGAUUGAAACUUUACAACAAUAUAUCAGAAUUUGAGUGCAACACAAUGGACUGGUACAGCAACGCACCAGGUUCUGAGCACAGGAGCUUAGAACGUUUCAUCAAGUGUUCAGGACCUUGGAACAAAAAAAUCGAAUGCAGCACCAAUAGAGAUUUAUCCUGGAUUGUUCAGUUUCUUUCUCUGUUUUACAAUCGGAUAUCAGUAGCCUCGCAGAUCCAAUAUGUACUUUAUAUUGUUCAAUACUUCUACGAUCCUAUCCUUGCAAUUGUUGGUGUUCCUCUGAACUUCGUGACAAUUCUGAUUCUGUCCCGUGGGAAGUGUGAUCUAUCCAAAUGUGUCACUCUCUACCUGGUGGCUAUGGCAGUUGCGGACCUACUGGUUAUUAUCUUUGAUCUCAUCUUCAGACACAUUCCAAUUGUUUACCGUGAACAUUUCCAUUUCUGGAUUUCUGUCCCCGUGUGCAAUAUCCACGCUGUCCUGCUUUGUGCAGCCACUGACUGUUCUGUUUGGUUCACUGUUAGUUUCACCUUCGAUCGCCUUGUUGCCAUUUGCUGUCAGAAGCUGAAAAGCAAAUAUUGCACUGAACGAACAGCCGCUGUGAUUCUGGGAAUUGUGACUGCUUUGAGCUGCAUGAAGAACAUUUUCUGGUAUUUCAUGCUAUCUGGUAAUUAUUUUCAGGUCAACUUACCCUGGUUUUGUAACAUAAGGGAAAAUGUUUACAAGUCUAUGUUCUGGGUGACGAUUGAAUUUUUACAUCAUAUAUUAACACCGUGCUGCCCGUUCAUUCUGAUUUUGUUGUUCAAUAUAAUAACUGUGAGAAAUAUUUUAUUGACAAGCAGAGCCCAUAGGAAACUCCAUGCUUCUCGUAGUGGCAGAGAUCCAGAGAUGGAGAAUUGGAGGAAAUCCAUCAUUUUACUCUUCAUUCUCUCAGCUAAUUUCAUUAUCUUAUGGUCAACGUUGAUGGUGUUUUCUAUUUGGUAUCGGAUGUUUUCUUUGGGGUAUUAUUCUAUAUCAUUGCAUGUUUUUGUGCUUGAGUUGGGAUUCUUGCUUCAGCUCCUGAGUUGCUGUACUAACACUGGUAUUUAUGCUGUAACUCAGACAAAAUUCAGAAAGAAUUUGGUGAAUGUCAUAAAAUUCCCCUUUACUGCAAUUAUUAAAUUAAUUGUGAGGUAAGAAGGAUGGAAUUGAUGAAAAAUUGCUCUUUUUCCCAAAUAUUUUGCUGAGGUUUGUGGGAAUUGAGACAACAGCAGAUGUGUGUUUCAUCUGAAAUAUGUACAAAAUAAAAUAGGGUUCUGUCCCUAACUAAAUGAAUAAGAUAGAUGAGAAAUGGAACAGUAAAUGGGGCAGCUGGAUU